GUGGUAUCGAGAGACAAAUGGAAAACACAGCUUCUAUUUCUCGCAGACUGAUCGUGAUCCUGCAUCUUUAAACAAAGGCAGCGCGGUAAGUAGUACAAAAAGGCGUCUCAUCGUCACAAACAGCACACAUUCCCGAAGAAGUAGUUUUUGCAGAAAUUUUUGCCCGCAGCUAUAUGUGCAAGCAAACGGGUAAUGUGUUAUUGAGUAAGUAUUAAUGUUCACUUUAGCAACCCUUUUUGAAUCUAUAUUGCCACACGACGUCACUGUUUCUGUUUCUUAUUCAUUGGCAGAGCCACAAGAAAAGUGAUCUGGUGUGUCCGCUGACAGCUGGUUCGAGCACGCAACUACCUACUUGAGCCGAACACAACAGAAACUCCUCGACGCAGCCCAACGUCGUUCACUACUCCUGCCUCAAAAUGAUGAACCCCCUGCGGUUGCUUGUACUCUCGCACCGCCAAACCUGCGACUCAAGUUUAGUUCCGGAAUUGAGCGACCUGAUCGAACAGUACCAAUUCGUCCAUGGGACUCGAGACCGAGUACUCUCGCUCGCCGCGGCUAUGGAGCAUGAGUUGCUGAACGAAGACUGUGCUGAAGUCUUUGGGAUGGAGCAGUGCCAGUCGCGAAUCAGCCAAGCCAAAAGGACGCUGAAAAGUGGACUUGGCGUUUUCGUCUUUUUUGACGUCGAGCACGUAUCCGAGACUCGCAAAGCCCGCUUAGAAAACAAAACCGGAACGUGCUGGAGGAAGCGGCAGUUCAUCGCUCGGUCCCACCUGCACGCAAAACAAGCCAUUUACAGGAACUUCGAGAUGAAAAAGCGGUGGAAAUUUCAACUGUUCAACAGUGCAGUGCUCGCGGUGGUCUGUUUCAUCAUGUUCGUGUUGUACCCGUAUCUUCACCGGGCUAAGCCGCGGCCCGCGAAACAAAUUUCGUGCGUUUUCGCUGCCGUGUACUUUCUGCACGAACUGGUGAUCCGAGAACAAGUUUUCGGCCCGUGGCCCUCCUUCGUUCUCUACGGUUCCGAGCGGGGUUGGGUGGUAGCAGAGGUGUACGAACGAUGGAGGAAGCCCGCUAACUACCAGAACAACGUGUUUUUCAAUCCCUUUGUGGGCGAGUUGGAGGAGGCGUAUCGCGAAGCCCAUGAUGCGGCCUACACGAUGUGGGGAAUCCCGCCGCCGCCGACCCGGAGCGACAUGUCACUGCCGGAAAGCCUCUUGCAUCCGUGGCGAUCUACUUCCUUCAGGUGGUCUUGUUGUCUUUUCGACUGGAUUUUAUGGAUUUUCUUCCUGCCGCUCAUUCUCCACCACCUCCCAGCCGAGUGUUCCGGCAAAGCCAGCAUUCUGUCGUGCACCGCGGCGGGGCGCAUCGCGUUCGACGACCUUUCUGUCGUCUUCUUUCUGCUCUACCCCAACGCAAUGGUGGAGAUUUACAGGGCGUAUUGGGUCAUUGCCUUCGACUGCGCGAACGAGAUGCUAUGCGGACGGCGCCGGCGUCAAGAUUCUUUAUAUCACUACUUCGAUUUUCUUUUCGUUGGGAUUUUCACUGCGACAAGCCUCUGCUUUUUCUGCUGGGCAAUGCACGGCUUUGUUCGCGGAGCCGGAGAUGCUGAUGACCUGUUCUUUUGCUGUUUCUUCUUCGGCAGGAUCAUGACCCUGUACGACAUCGGACCUCUCCUUCGGCGUUAUGAGAAUGUUCAACUUGACCGCAUAUUCGGAAUGAUAGAUCAGAUGCGAGCCGAAGAUGGGGUAGAAGACGAAUUGUUCGCCUGGGAGUUGGACGAAAUUCCCACCGCCGCACGGAAUACCGUUCAGCAGGCUGCCCGACGAUGAGCGUCGUGUUUAGUACGUAAGUAGGUGGAGUGCUCGCAGCACUACGUUCGCUGACCACACUAAAUUUUGCGUUUUUGAGAGGGCUUCACUUCUGGAAGCAACUAGUUGUUGCGUUUGCCCCUGGAAUGAAUCACUUGUUCGAUACUCUAUACCCGCCUCCUCGACAACUCUAUUUGUUUCUACGUAGUUUUGCUUUUCUGAACGAAUGCCCGUGAACUAAUCAUCAUCAACGAGUGCCAGUGAAAGAUGGACCGCUCAGACGUCAGAUUUACUGACUGGAUGUAAAAUCGAUUUUGUGGAAGUUUUGAUGGAGUCGAUACCAGAAGUUCAAGGUCUAAUAGAAAUUUGAUGGAGAUACACAAAUCCGGAUGAAAUGACCACUCUUUCUGAGGCCGCUGGGUGACGGGC